CCACUUCUCAGGAACCUGACCGUUUCUACUAUGACUAUGACACUGUUCGUACUGUGGGCCUUACUCUGGCCACCAUCAUGUUUGUUCUAGGCAUUCUCAUCAUACUCAGCAAGAAGGUGAAGUGUAGGAAAUCAGACUCCAGGUCAGAAGGGUCUUCGGGGG